UUCAGUUUCAGGGUUGAGCCGGCAGCCCUAGCCGGCGGGCGUGGAGCGGGCAGCCGUGCCCGGGACCCCGGGGUCCUCUGGGGGCCCCGGAGUGUGGAGGCGGCGUCCGGGAGCCCCCGGAGGAGGAUGGGCUGCGGACGUAGCAAACUGAGCUGCUGCACAACCCGCAAAAAGAGGCACCAAGAACCAGAUCAUCCACCCAAACCAGAACCACAAGAAUUGGAUCUCCUUAAUAAGGACACAGCUACAGCCACUGCUGUCCAGCCAUGUGCAUCUGAGGAGGCUAAGCAGCAUCAGAAAGACAUUACCAGAAUUCUCCAGCAACACGAAGAGGAAAAGAAGAAAUGGGCAGAACAGGUGGAGAAGGAGCGGACACUAGAGCUUCAGGAGAGGCUGGAAGAGCAGCGAAGAGUCCUGGAAGGAAAACACGAGGAGGCCUUGCAAGUCAUCCAGGCCUCAUUUGAAAAGGAAAAAGAAGCCCUUACCCACUCCUUCCAGGAGGCCAAAGCUGCCCUUCAGGAGACCGUAGCAGGACUGACCUCACAACUGGAGGUCUUUCAGGCCAAGAUGAAGAGGGUAGAAGAGUCCAUUCUGAGGCGAAACUAUAAGAAACACAUUCAGGAUUAUGGGAGUCCCAGCCAGUUCUGGGAGCAGGAGCUGGAGAGCUUGCACUUUGUCAUCGAGAUGAAGAAUGAUCGGAUUCAUGAGCUAGACAAGAGGCUGAUCCUCAUGGAAACAGUGAAAGAAAAAAAUCUGAAGCUGGAGGAAAAAAUCACAACCCUGCAACAGGAAUAUGAGGACCUCCAAGUUCGAGCCCGGAAUCAGGUGGUGGUGUCAAGGCAGCUCUCAGAAGACCUGCUUCUGACCCGUGAAGCUCUGGAGAAGGAGUCGCAGGUUCGGCGACAGCUGCAGCAGGAGAAGGAGGAGCUGCUGUACCGGGUCUUUGGGGCUGACGCCUCUUCUACCUUCGCCCUGGCCUCUGUUACCCCCACAGAGGUCUCUUUCCUUGCCACAUAAGGGGCAGGGUCUGGGCCCACCAUGAUGCCUAUGGUCAUAGCUCCUGCCAAAGACUUUCUGGAAAAGACAACAAGAGCCUACCAGUUCUUUAUCCAGGAAGGAAGAAGGGUAGGAGUGAGUUGGAGAGCCUGGGUCUAUGCCCAGUGUGCCCUGGGGGGGCUUGGGUCACAAAGAUCACCCAUGGGGCAUUGGAGGCCCUGAGUAGUGCCUCUCCUUGAGUUGGCCCAGGGAACGAGCAAGAAGAAGCCUUUCCUCCCUCUGCCUUCUGUCUGUCUAUGUCAGGAAAGUUCUGAGGCUUUUCCCAGGGGCAGCCUGUGCCACUUUGGCCAUCUGACAGAGGAGACAACCUCUGGCCCCAGCUCAUCAGCUUUGCUGCCAACUCACUGACUUGCCAACUUCACCAGGUGUUCUACUUCUGCCCAGGCCUUCUCUUAGCCUCAGUUUACCCUGCCCCAAGAUGAUUGCAGUCACUAUCAAAUGACUGAAGUCACUUAAUGUCCAAUUCUAGGAUUGUCUGAAGGUCUGACUAAGGGCUGGGAGUUAGACACAUCCUGUGGAUCAGUGAAAAAGCCAAUGACUGGAAGGGAGUCUCGGAAGGCCCUGAGGGCUAGCAGGACCAGGUUGCCACCCUGGCCAGCCUCACUCCUGGUAUCAGACUCUGGUCGGCCCAGGACCAAUGGCCAGAACUCCUCCGUCUUUGGCAGACAUGGCUCAUCCCCAACCCUCCUGGUCCUUCAGUCUCAGUGCCAUUUUACUGGGUCUGAGGACCCUCAACAGGCAGAGAUUCAACCUCAUCCCUCUACAGAUGAGGAAACCAGAAGGGGAGCAGACCCCACAGUCAGGACUGGGACCUCGCCUGUCUGUCUGGGAAGAUCAGAUCCAUGACAGCCUUUCUCCUCCUUCCUCUACCUUCGCCUGCCCUUCCAGGCUUUCCUGCACUCCUCCUUCUGCCACCCCUGAUCCAAGGCCCCAGGCUUCCAUGUGGUCCUCCGCUCCUCCAUCAGUAAAGGGGUGGCUGGAGUGACUGACCUCAGCAGGAUGACAGCAUGUAGAUUCUAGUCUUUUCUCAGGAAGCUUCAGGUCAGCUAGAGACUAAUAAUAAUCCCUGCACCGAGCAUGUUCAUCAGAGUGCUUCCUCACACCCCUCCCUUGCGUGGUGUUCUCCCUCCUUAGCAGGCAGAGCAAACAGAACACAAGAGCCAAAGGAUCUUGCCUGAGGCCCCCAGCUCCAGCCACAGACCCUGAACCAGAUGGUGGGAAAAGUCAGUCCACAUCUUCCAUCAGAUAUUCUGUGGUGGCAUCUUCCCCGACCACCUCUUUCAUUCCCUUGGAUACAAUCUCCAUCCAAUUCCACUCUAGAAAUUCAGAUGUGUCUGCGUUUCUCCCUUUCCCUUGCUAAGCAGGGAAGAGAGUGGGCUCGGGGAGUGUGGAGCUGUUUUCCCAGCCUUGGCAAAUCAGGUUCUCUAGGGGCCCUGAGGCCAGCUCUGGAAUGACAUGCUCAUGGAAUUUUUCAUGCAACUUUUUUUCAUAGUGUGUCCAUGUUACACUAGUCUGUUGGACAUUGAUAGGCAUGACUGAAAAAGAAUCCGCUGCACAGAAUCUUGGGAAGCUCUAGGUUCAAUCAAGUUAAACAAAUCUGCACCCUGCAGGACUCUCAAUAACUUAAACAUGCUAGUGCAUUGCAAUUCUCCAAGAAGGGGACCAAGUCCCCAGCAUCUUCCAAACUUCUUUGAUGAAGCUUCUACUCUCCACCGUCACCCCGACCCCCUGAAAGCACUUGAGGCUGCAGAAUGCACUUUAGAAAGCAUCUUCUGAAUCAAGAGGGGCAGGGCUGAGGAAGGGGUACGUUGUGGUGAGCGGGGGCUUCCUUUGUGUACCCUGUAGUAGGUGUGAAUGGAAAUCAACUCUGGUCAUACCUUUACUCUGGGGCCAACAAGCUAUGGAAACUAAAACAUGCAAUAAGUUAUU